AUGGAGGCCACUACAUCCUAUGAAUAUGAGCCCAACAGCCUUCUGUGUGAGAGCAAGGCCGUUGUCUUUGCCACCCUCUUUACCUCCACCCUCUACUCCCUGGUGUUUCUCCUCAGUCUCAUGGGCAAUGGCCUGGUGUUGUGGGUCCUGGUGAAAUUUGAGAGUCUGGAGUCUCUCACCAACGUCUUUAUCCUCAACCUGUGCCUCUCUGACCUGGUGUUCUCAUGCCUACUGCCAGUGUGGAUCUCGGCGCACCACUGGGACUGGCUGUUGGGAGACCUGGGCUGUAAGAUCCUAAAUUUCAUCUUCUCCACCAGCCUCUACAGCAGCAUCCUCAUCCUCACCAUCAUGACCAUCCACCGCUACCUGUAUGUGGUGAGACCCCUCUCGAGUCUGCGCAGCCACACCCUGCGCUUCCGUGUGCUGGUGACCGCGAUCGUAUGGGCGGUGAGCAUCCUUUCCUCCGUCUCGGAAGCCUUCUUCCACAAGGAUCUCUCGGACCAAUGCGAUUAUUCAGAAACCAGGUGGUUUGUCAUCUCCGUCUACCAGCACAACAUCUUCUUCCUGCUCUCCUUAGGGAUUAUCCUGUUCUGCUAUGUGGAGAUUCUCAGAACCCUCUUACGCUCCCGCUCCCAACGGCGCCAUCGGACGGUGCGGCUCAUCUUCGCCAUUGUGCUGGCCUACUUCCUCAGCUGGGCGCCUUACAACCUGAGCCUCUUUCUGCAGACCUUGGCCAAACAAAGGCUCAUGCAGGCCUGCCAGGCCCACGAGCAGGUGGAGUACGCGGUGCAGAUCUGCCGCAUGCUGGCUUUCUCCCACUGCUGCUUCAACCCGGUGCUCUACGUGUUCGUGGGGGUCAAAUUCCGCAGUCACCUCAAAAGGCUUCUCGGGCACUUCUGGCUCUGCAGGCAGCAGGUACUCUCCCACCCCACUCUCCCUUCAGGGGCCUUUAAUGAAGGUGCCUCCUUCUACUGA